AUGGAGCUGUACUUCAAGGAUCAGUACAUGGGUCGUGCCGACAUGUGGCGCUUGUCUGUCUCGCGAAUCGAGACGUGUGUGUAUGUGGGUCAAUGCAUCACGCUUCCAACGGGGCUCCGUGCCAAAGUCGGUCGACUUUUUGUGCACGAGCAUAGCGUCAUGUCCGGCUACAUGGAUGCGUCGACAAAAUCCAUUUUUCGGUCAGAAUCUGCACGCUGCAGUCUAUUCCUGCAAAUGUCCAGUGAGAUGUGGGAGUUUGAUGAGAGUGGGGAACUGUAUUAUGAAAAAGUCCUGCAUGGCUUUUUGCCGGAUCUCCUGCGCAAGUGGAAGGUUAUUGGUACGAAUCACGUUGUGUCUGUGAUCUUGUUUACACGAGUUUUGUACGAUGCAUCUGAAUGCGAGCACCUUGCCGGGCGCCCUGUCUUGCGAACGGCAUCCGGCCAAUUGUAUAUCGACUACUACAAAGUGAUUGUAGACCUUGACUCGUCUACGGACUGGACUGUGACUAUGCGUGCGCUCAAGGAGGAAUUCUUCCGGUUCCAGCACGACGUGCUUCUACAGCCACGGUGGGCUGCUGGUGGUAGUGUGGUCCCGGCGGCGAUGCCCAGGGAUGAUGCCGAUGGAGCGGACUUGGAAGACUCGGCCGUUGGCGGUCGUGUUUUGCUCGGUCGCAUCGCUCGUGCAUACGAGGGCAAUUUGCUCGAGGCCGUGAACCUGGAGCUCAACUCCGCCGACAAGCACUACAUUGACCGUGACCUUACGCGCACAGGCUUUUCGAUCAUUGUGCUGACGCCGGGCACUGGCCACUUCUAUGCUGACAAGGCGCUUUUGCGCUUGACGACACAGCGCAUGUUUGAUCGUGCUGUAUCGAUGGACCUAGUGUGUCUGACACAGAUGCCAUUGCACAUGGUGCCGGUUUUCCACUACGAAUCAACGGUGCAGCGGGAGCCGCGCUUCUCUGCGCCACGAUCACCCCCGCAGGUGCAUCUGGGCCAACAGUCGGACCCGCUUUUUCAAGACUCGGGGCUCGUAGGGCCUAAGCGGACGUGCCACUCCAUGCCAUUCUGGAUCAACUGUAGCUUUUACAACAUUGAGCAGGACCGCCUGCACUGGAAGAGUCGCUUCGUCCCCCCGCUGUCGCAUGGACGACAUGCGCAUGGUGGAGCUGUUGGGCUCUCAGCCCCAGAAACUUGCUCUGCCGUACCUCUCGCUGCCACAUGUGCCGGUCCACAGUGCAGCAGCAGCACAAAUUCGCGAGCAGUUUGA